AUGGAUAUCAAAUACGAAGACGAAGCCUGUGCGACAAGUUUCAGACUCCUUCGAAAAUUUGCGAAAAUGGAGAAGGAGAAAAAGGGCCUUAAAGCGCAGAUAAAGAAGCUGAGGAAUCUCCUUCGCCAUUCAUCCAAAGAGACUGAAGGUGAGCGAACAUACGCAAACACGGUUUCGUCGGCUGUGUCGACAGAGGAGAAAGAAAAUAGUAGGUCGCUAUAGCUUGAUAUGAAUGACAACCAGUGUCUUUUGCGAGAAAACCGUGGUCAGGCGAAAUCUCAGCGAACAAAAAGAAAUCUCAGGGUACCUCAAAAAGGCACAGAGAGUCAUACAAGGGAACAAGAGCGGGUUACACCGCAGACGAAAAUCGUGCCGCUGAAAACGAAAAAUUAUCAAAAUGUCGUAGUAAACAGGCAGUCAUGCGUUAGUCCUGCCGAGUCAAACCUUCCUAAAUCGGUGGAAGGCGGUAGCCGGGAUAUCCGCGGUGAAGACUCUGCAGGUAUGAUUGAAACACAAGGUCGUCUAGUUGAUCGCAGUUAAUGCAUUGUUAUAAAGGGCAUACCUGACCAACCAAGACGUUAAAAAUUGUCUUCGAGAAUGACGAACAGGCGCAACUUCUUUUGAGCAGGAAAUCUGCGCUCCAACAUGCUCAUCCAUUGGUUUUUUCAGCGGGACUUUUCACCCGCGGAGCGAGAAAAAUGGAGGGGGCUCAAAUUGGAAGUCCUCAGGCGGACGAGUCUGGGCGAGACGAAUCUCAGAAUAGUGGACGGAAAGAUUAUACGCGUUCAGAGACCAUUCCUCUGGAGAAAGCCCAUAACUUUAACAGCUUAGGAGUGAUGGAAAGCAGUUCAUCCCGAUCAGGUCCCAUCGGCUUUUGCACUCAAUCCCAGGAAAUGGAUAAACGCCUGUACGCCGGAGUUGCUCGUGCCAAAUUAAGAUUUUUGCAUACCAAUGCUUAAAGUCUCGUUUCGAGGAUCGAAGAACUAAAAACGAUAGUUUCCGAAUGAAUCCCUGACGUCUUCGCCAUAACGGAAACUUGGCUUAACACCGAAAUCGUGAGUGCUGAGAUUUCGAUACCGGGUUACCAGCUCUUUCGCAGAGACCGUCAAAGUAGACAGGGUGGUGGGGUAGUCUUAUAUGUAGGGGCAGGAAUUUCUCAGUUGAACGAGCCCACGCCCUCUCCCUUGAAUAUGAAUCCGUCUGGAUAAAUAUAAAGAAGAGCUGUGCACAAAAUCAAGAAUUCCUGGCUAUUUACAGACCAACAAACCUUCUAAGUGCAGCUGAUGAGUCGCUCCUUGGUUUAGUCGAAGACGUAGCUAGCCACCAAGAGGUACUUAUUGCUUGGGAUUCCAACAUACCUGCAAUAGAGUGGGAAACUAUGGCAGUUAACGGUGGGCCAGCUUUUUUUGCAAUAAGCUACUGGACCUCACACUCGAUCUCCCUCUGGCGCAACAUGUGAAGGUACCAACAAGAUUUCGAGAGAACAAGAGAGCGAAUUGUCUAGACCUAGUUUUCACUAAAGGCUUCUCUAAUAUCGACGAAGUGUAUUCCAAUGCACCUCUCGGGAAAAGUGAUCAUGCUACAUUAAUAUGGGAUUACUCGCUCUUCUGUCAACGCCAGAAGAGAACAGGAGGCCAACCUAAUAUAUGGAAGACAGAUUUUAACACGACGAAGAACGAAUUGCUGUCCAUGAAUUGGGACCAAUUACUGAAGGGAAAUCCGGAGGACAACUGGAGAUCUUUUAAGGCGAUUUCACUCGACCUGAUUCGGCGCUGUUGUCCACCUAAAGUACAAAAAAUAACUAAUUGACCUGCUUAAUUAACUAGGGACCUAAAUAGGCAGCUACGGAAGAAAAGCAAAAGAUGGAAAAUAUUCAGGGAAACUGCGUCACUAGCGCAUUUCGAAGAACUUCGUCGUCAACGAAAUGCAGUCAAAAAAUGUAUCCGUCAGGCACGGAAGGAGUACGAAUCCAUAAUUAUCCGACAGGCUGAACAGAAGCCCAAGAUUUAAGUUCACUACCUUAACAGUAGACUGAAAAAUAAGGACCCGUUCGCGGUGCUGGAGGAUGAUAAUGGUGUAGAGAUAAUUGAGAACAGCGAGAAAGCCGAGCACUUAGGGCAGUAUUUUGCCUCGGUUUUUACUAAAGAAACAGAGUUUCGCAGUCGUAGUGCCAGCACUGCUGUUGAGACUACUGGUCCCGUUCUUGACUCCAUACUCUUCCCGACAGCUGUCAUUGAAAGGGUGCUGCAAAAUCUCAAAGAAGCAAAGUCCUCGGGUCCAGACAAUAUACCGGCCAAAUUCUUGAAAAAAUUGGCGAAUGAAUUCUUCAAACCACUGGCACACAUCUUCCGCUCGUCAUCGGAAUGGAAGACAGCAAAUAUUUUUCCGAUACAUAAGGGCGGGGCUCGCACUAAUGCCAACAAUUACUGGGCUGUUAGUCUAACAUGUAUCUGCUGUAAAAUAAUGGAGGCCAUAGUUAAGAUAGCAACAGUGAAGUUCCUGGAGCAGGGCGAUUUACUCUCAGACCUGCAGCACAGCUUCAGACAGAACCGCUCCUGCCUUUCCAGUUUAUUGCUCUCGGCGGAGCAAUGGACUCGCGCACUGGACGAGGAUGUUAGGGUCGAUGUCAUCUACACAGACUUCAAGAAAGCCUUUGACAGCGUCUCACACAAACGCUUAGUCUACAAACUCUGA